AUGGACGCUUUCGCCGAAGCACAUCGUCUGGUCGCCCGCUUCCUGCGCUCCCAAGGCUACUCUGCCGCCCUCGAGUCCUUCAUCAGUGAAGCCUCCCAUUCACACCCUCGAUUGCCAUCCCUCCUCGACGUGGACCCGGCAGCAGGCGACGCAGGGCAGGACUUGCAGGACCUGGUCGAGUACGCGGUGUCCGCAAGGCUCGCGAGGCUUCGAGUGGACGACCCGACCUCAUCUCUCCGCGAGCAUCUGGUGGGGCUCGAACUGAAGGAGGCGGAGCUGCCAAAGGGUAAGGCGCGGACGGCGGUGCGGGAGACGAGCAACGUGCUCACGGUACAGCAAGGCGUACUGCCGAAGCGGGAGUGGGACACUCAACAGCACCGGUUUCGGUGUAACGAGACGCCAUGCAUCUUCACGACCGCCGUCGACCGAACUCUCAAGGCUUACUCCCUCGACACCUUCAAACUCCUCGACUCUUUCUCGCUUCCCUCGCCUUGCCUUUCCUUCGCCCAGCAUCCUCUUCCCGAACACCGACGCUUUGUAUCGUGCGCGACGAUGGAGGGAAGCCUGACAGUCCUAGAUUUGGUGACGCGGGAAGCCAAAGCCAAGGUGCAAGAUCACACCAAGUACAUUGUGCGGGUCUGCUGGUCUCCUGACGGCCGCCACCUUGCUACUCUCGGCUACGACAAGCUUGUCCGAAUCUACCGCCUCGACCUUGUCGCGCCCGCUUCGACCUCGUCCUCACAGCCAGUCCUCCUCGACGACGAAGUGCUCGAUCCCCUCGCUGUCUGCCCCGACAUCAGCCUCAACCUCGUCCACACGAUCGAGAGCCGGACCAACCCAGAAGCCGCCAUCUGGUUGCCUGACUCUCAAUGGCUGGUCUGGAGCGCGCGAGACGACCAUUUACUGCGGUACUUGCGGGUGCCGGACGACGAUGCGGGCGAGUGGUGGACCGAGGAGGUCAACCUGAACGAGAACGGCGACUCUUUCACCAGUUUCUCCGUCCUCUCCAUCGGCCUUCAUCCAACUCUCCCCCUGCUCUCGCUGCAAACCUCUACCCUCUCCGCCCGCAUUCUCCUCUACCCGUUCCGCUCUGCGACACGCCUUCUCACACUUCACACGACCGCCUCGCAGUCCGACUACUUCAACCCGCGUCACGCAUGGCUGCCCUCGGGUGCCGGCGUCGUCGUCAACUCGGAAGACGGCCUUCUGCGGAUCGUCGACCUUCGUGGACGGGUGCGGGUCUCGCAGGGAGCGCAUGGUGCUGCGGCACCGCCAGAAGACGGGGAGGAAGGAUUGACGGAAGAGGUGAGGAGUGAGCGGGCGCGUCUGAGGCGAGAGGCGGACAAGGGAAGUAGUGUCAUUCGGGAUGUCGAGGUGCUGGUGGACGAGGACGACAAAGGCAGCGUGGCGGGGUGGAAGGUCGUCUCGUGCGGCUUUGACAAGACGGUGAAGGUGCUUCAGUAG